UCUUCGACGUAGUCGACUUUUGAUACUACAACUUGCUUACUCCACUAUCAUUACACUGUAUAUACAGAUAGUAAACACCUAGCUCCAUUUGUAAAGUAAAACAUAUUUUUAAUUGAAUUGUUUAAUAAAACAACAGACAGAUUUACUAGGGUGGCCGACUGCCCAUAUAAAAGUAUUUUAAAGGACAAAACGUGCAAAAUGUAAUAAACUAUACGAUUAUGGAGCUAAUGCAUGGUGCGGUCAUGAUGUACUCAUCCGUGUCCUCGUGAACUACGGUAGUUCUGUUGUUGUGCGGUAUAGUGAUAAAUUUUAUGAUACGGUAAUGACAGUCGCGCGAUAUCGACACGGAUGACCUGUUAAAUAGAAAAGAACGAAUUUGCCGAAACAAACGACAACUCAUCCGAUCUAGAAAAAAAUGAGGACGAUUCUUGUGACAGGAGCUAAUAGGGGUAUAGGCUUGGAGUUUGUACGCCAGCUGGCCCGGCGGGAACCAACUCCAGCGUUUAUCUUCGCCACCUGCAGAUCGCCGGACAACGCCCAUGAUUUGCAAGCUGUUGCAGAUACUCACACAAAUGUCAAGGUCUUGAAAAUAGACAUGCAGAAUGAAUCAACUUAUGGUCCUGUGGUUGAGGCAGUAUCUAGUCUAGUAGGAGAGAGUGGACUCAACAUUCUUAUCAACAAUGCUGGUGUGUAUUCCAGGGACGGCUAUGAGAAAGUCAGCAGGGAAAUGCUCAAAGAAAGCUUUGAUAUUAAUGUCAUUGGUCCCAUGCGCCUCACACAGGCUUUCCUCCCACUUUUGAAACAAGGAGCUCGGAGCAGCAAACUGGAGAGUUUUGGUGUUGACAGGGGAGCGAUCAUCAAUAUCUCUUCUGGAUUUGGUAGUAUAGCUUCUAACGAUAGUGGUGGAUAUGCUGGCUACAGAGAAAGCAAGGCUGCUCUCAAUAUGUUCACGAAGGGCCUUAGUCUAGACCUGAAAUCAGAGAAAAUCCUGGUCCUAUCACAGUGCCCGGGCUGGGUCUCUACUCGCAUGGGUGGACCUCAUGCCUCUAGAACACCAGAGAGUUCUGUAUCUGAUAUGCUGAAAAUAUUUGCCAUGUACUCUGAAGAGCACACAGGUUGUUAUUUACGCAAUCACAUCCCACUGGAAGUCUUACCGUAUUAGUAACACGUUGACCAGCUUUCCUUGUGUUGUUGGCCUACUUCUGUGUCAGACAUCUAUAUACACAGUUGGACCAGAACGAGGCCACAACCUACACAUCUCGGGUCAGGAAGUUCUCAUUUGCAGCCAUUAUCCUGGCUGCAGCAAUCUUCAAGUUUAUGGCUACUGGUGUGUCCUCAGUCACACUGACUUGUAUGUUGAAGUUUGGUAGAAUUAUGGACUUCUGAUAUGAACUGCGUAGUUGUUCUCAUCCUAGCUCGUAUCUUCAAUUCAUAUAUUUUCCUUUUUCAAUCUUUUAUAUUCACAAUGAUAGUUCAAUAUACAACUGGGCUAUUUCAGACCAGGAUAAACGGGGGGGGGGGGGGUUAAAAUGACCCUCCCCCUGAGAUCUUGGCCACUGAUUGCACAAUUGCUGCGAAAAUUUGCAUGCGCGUAGAGCCGGAUGUAAACUACAAGACUGUAUAGUAAAAUUUUCACAAAAUUGUUCAUAUAUUUUUUUAAUUAUGCAAAUAUGCAUAUGAAAUUUGCCCUAAAUUUGUGUUUUUGAGUAUGUUUUUGCCUUCAACUCAAUUUAUGUAGCUAGUUAGUAGAAUGCUAAUUUUUGGUGAGGGUAUUAAUUUUUACAUUUCUAACAAAUAUCUACAAAAAAUUGCAAAAAUAUAAUUAUUCUUUUAUGUAUUUUAUUAGUUUUAAAUUCUUAUAUAUUUCUUUGUUUUUUCAAACCUUUGUUUUUUAUUGUUUUUGUGAUCAUACAUAGCAUGAAAUAAAUCCAUUUAAACGAAAAAAAGUUAAAAUAAUCAUUCAUAAAAACCCAAUUUGCAUUGACUUUGUACACGGAAUCACGUUUUUGAGCAAUUUUGGGUCCUACAUGCACUUACAAAAUGUUGCGUAAUUUCGGAACCGCGUACCCGGACAUUGCAAAUUUGGUCUCAAAAGAUGCGCAAGACUUUAAAAUAAGAAGUCAGCGAGCGGCGCGGUUGACCACCCCCCCCCCCCCUCUGUUUAAUAAGGAUUAAUGUUUAAAUCAAUUUUGCUUUUCACGCACAAUGAAAAUCUCAAAAUUCAUUUUGUGUGACUUGGUUUUAAGGGGGCUAGUCACAAGUGGAAAGUGACCCCUCUCACCUAACCCUAUGGGGUUGGCUGAGAAACAUUCGUCCCUGGACUGUUGCUAUUAGAAACUGUUUAGAAUGGCUACUUGUUAGUGCUGACAACUUUCAUAAAAUGGUGCCCAGAUAAAACAAUCUAUGAUCUGCAGCUUUGGGAAUGAGUUGUAGAUCUGAUAGGAAAAUAAAUUGUGAGCAGCUCCCUAAUCCAUAUGCACAGUAACAUCUUUUUUUAAAAUCAAAUAAGCACGCUGACUCAGAAGUUUUAUGGCAAAUCUGAAUUUCCAUAAUAAUGAAAUUAAUGCCUUCACUAAUGCAACAAAUGGUCACAGAAAAAUGUUUUGGUGUGUCAGGAGGAAAUUUGGUUUGUCAUAGUAAAUGAGUAAACUCAAAUUUUACAUAAAAUGUUUAAUUCACUGAAAUAUGAAUAAAGAAUGUAUUUUUAUAUAUGGGAAAAUCUAUGAUUGAUUUGUAGUGAAACAUUACAGUCAUGCAUUGUACAAUGUAAUGUAAAAUUGUACUGUAAAUAAAAGGUAAACAGAAAAAUGUUGUUUUAUUGCGUUUAAACUUUUUUAGCAACCAUAUUUUCAUGUUCAAGUAUUUUACUCUUAUUUUGUAUAUUUUGUGUUUUACUGGGCGUACUGUGCAGUUUUUGUCUUAUUUUCAAUAAGCAUUCAGUGGCAUACUCUUUGUUCAUCUUGGCAUGCUCUCCACAAGUUACUGGCACUUCUCUCCUGACUUCAGCCUAGUUUUUUCUUCAAGAAUUGAAAAGUCUUGUUGGCCAUUUUUUGUUUCUUCAUUUUGUCUUUGAUUUUAUUUCAAAGAUUCUCAAUCGGAUGGGAUUAGGUGACUGUACUGGUCAGGACAGUUGUGACGGACCUAGCUUUGUGGCACGGAGUAUUUUCCUGCUGGAAAAACCAUCAUUGCUUUAUAUGGAAGAUUGAAGACCAGGCUAAAGUCAUCUUUAGCAUCCUUGCCAACUUCAGGUUUGAAGGUCUGGAGGAAACCAAAGGAGGCCCAUUGACAUGUCUAGGAUGACCCAUGAUGAUUAGGUGUUACUGCAGUAUGGCUGGCACCAGAUGAAUUUGACUGUGUGAAGGGUGCAUAAACCAGGUGACCUGCAAAGAGGGCUCUUUAGGGGGGAGGGGCCUUCUACCAUCUGCUAAGGAAAUGUAUCCAAACAGCAAUGACUAGAUUUUGCAGGAGGAUCAUACUGCUCCCUGCCACACAGCCAUGUCCAUCACAACAUGGAUCCACAAGACGAACAUCCGCAGCUUGUCUUGGCUGGAACAGUAGCCUGAUCUCAACUUGAUUUAGAAUCUAUACAUGUAGAAUGAAAUCAAGACAUGAUGUGGGAACACAUACUGGCCAACAAGGGAGAACUCUUUGAAAAAACGUACUAGCAACUUUUGAUGAGCAUGCCAAGAUUAAUUACAGCCACUAUCAAGUCUCAUUUUUACCAAAAAUAACAUGUCUUGUUCUUAUACAGCAUCACCAAUCUUACGCGACUCUUUUACACAAUUUCUUCAUCUUAAAGGAAUUCUUUCUUGUGUAAAAUCUCUCCACAUUCCUUAAUCAUCACCUACCCAACCUUGCUCUAACUGUGACAGCUACCUCACAUCUACCAUCCACAAUCAUUGUACCCUGUCCCCCAGGAAAGAGAAAUCAUUCAGUGAUUCCAUCCCAACACACAACUUUUUCACCCGUUCCACCAUAUCCCCAACUAUUUCCUGUCAUCUUCCAUACACAAAAUCUCUUGCCAAGCUUGGGGUCACCCUUUUCACCCAGGAGGGUAAGAAACUUUGAAUUAGACUGAGAGCUAGUCCGACAUUGUGAAUCUAUUUUGCUACAAAUAUUGUAAUUAUCACAACACUGUAACGGCCAUGGAUCUCAUUCCAAGUCAUUGGCGAGUUACCGAGAGAAGAAAAAUGGAAGCUUCACAAGAGUUGAUCAUCUAUUCAGAAGAUUUUAGCAUGCUUGCCAAAGCUGGGGGUAACCCCUUCAUCUUUGUGAAUCUUCAAGUGGUCAUAGGUGG